AUGUAUCUGGAUCUGAAAACGCUAUACUGGUGGCCUAACAUGAAAGCAGAUAUUGCUACCUUCGUGAGCAAGUGCCUUACUUUCGCAAAGGUUAAGGUCGAAUACCAGAAACCCUCAGGUUUGCUACAACAACCAGAGAUACAUGAGUGGAAGUGGGAGCGGAUCACGAUGGACUUCAUAACCAAGUUGCCCAAGACAUCGGGUGGUCUCGAUACCAUUUGGGUGAUCGUAGACAGGUUAACAAAGUCCGCACACUUCCUGCCUAUCAAAGAGACUGACAAGAUGGAGAAACUAACAAGUACCUACAUUAGGGAGAUUGCACGACUGCAUGGUGUUCCCAUAUCCAUUAUCUAUGAUAGAGAAAGUAGAUUACCUUCUAGGUUCUGGAAGUCGCUACAAAGUUCCCUGGGUACUAGGCUGGAUAUGAGUACAGCCUACCAUCCGCAAACCGAUGGACAAAGUAAGAGGACUAUUCAAACUUUGGAAGAUAUGUUGCGAGCAUGUGUGAUAGAUUUUGGGAAGGCAUGGGAUAGUCAUCUUCCCCUUGUCGAGUUCUCCUACAAUAACAGUUAUCACACGAGCAUAAAGGCUGCUCCAUUUGAGGCCCUCCAUGGCCAGAAGUGCGGUUCCCCUCUGUGUUGGGCUGAAGUGGAGAAGAUCGUUCAGAUUCGUGAACGAUUGAAAGCCUCUAGAGACCGACAGAAAAGCUACGCAGACAAGAGAAGGAAACCUUUGGAAUUCCAGGUUGGCGACCGUGUUCUAUUGAAGGUCUCACCCUGGAAGGGCUUUAUACGCUUCGGAAAGCAUGGAAAGCUAAAUCCAAUAUACGUAGGGCCUUUCGAGAUUCUCGCUAUAAUCGGCCUUGUAGCUUACAAAAUCAGACUACCUCACGAACUUAGUAACGUACACCCUGCUUUCCACGUUUCGAACUUGAAAAAGUGUCUGUCCGAAGAGACUCUUGUAAUCCCACUCGACGAGAUCGAGAUCAACGAGGGACUCAACUUCGUGGAAGAACCAGUAGAGAUCAUGGACCGAGAGGUCAAGCAAACGAAGCAAAGCCGUAUCCCGAUAGUGAAGGUUCGCUGGAAUGCCAAGCGAGGACCUGAAUUCACUUGGGAGCGCGAGCACCAAAUGAAACUGAAAUAUCCUCAUCUUUUUACUUAG